AGUAGGCUCUGAUUCGAAAGAAUGUGUCUGAAUUGAAACAGUGCGUUAUUUAUUUACCAAAGCCUCUAUAAAUUGACAUUAUUGUUUAGUUGUGAAAUUAAAUUUUUCUGAAUCCUGUAGUGAAAUCAGAAAUUGAACAUAAAGUUUCAAACAAUGAUAUAGAACGUUAUCGCGAUGUUGUAAUGAGGUUUUUGAAAAUUGAUAUUAGAAAACAAAGAAGAAAUCUAAACAAAGCACAUCGCGUGUUUCGACCAUUUCACCCGAAUUGUCGGGAGAGUGGUGUUCGGGGAGAAGUGGUAGUGUAGCGGCUAUUCUGAUUUCUGAUUGGCCGAGAUGCAUAUCCGAUUGAUCGUUUCACGUUGAUCAUGUGACCUUUUCCCUAUUUAUGCAAAAAUUGAUAGUGGGGGGUGGUCUGGGACGAAGUGGAAGGGGCCGGAGGGGACAUAUUUUUCUCAGCGAUCUCGUGGCAAAACAACAACAGACGUUUCGUGAUUCCUCGUGUGUACCUCCUCUCUGGCUUCACUCGCAAGAUUUUUGUUCGAGGCGCGGACAGGGACAGACAGGAGUCAGCAACGGAAUGGAAGGUAUUGUGAAGCAAGAACCAAGCCAAGAUGUUGGACCAUCUUCAGCAUCUGUCCCAAUUCCGGGUAGCCAUCGUGGAACAAGAGGAGUUUACGAUCAAUUUUCACCAUCGCCCUUGGCAGUUACAUCACCCUGGGGUGUGAGACCUGAUCCAGCAGAGUCUCCUUUUAAAAUGGAUCCAGAGCAAUUAGGAAUAUCCUUCAAAAUGGAUGACGAUGAUAUUUUUCAAGUUGAUAAAGCUGAUCUGAUCCAGGGACCAACCCUUGCCGAACUUAACGCUAACGACGACACCUUUCUUGGAGAUCUGAAUUUUGAUGAUUUACUCUUACCCGAAGAAAGGAUUCAGCCAUUGAGAGUUGAAGCAGAAGCUAUACCUUCGGGAGGUUCGCUCUUCAGCAAUGUUACUUCUGCUUUUGCUCCUAGCAGCUUCCCUCAAACCACUGUCACUUAUCGCAACUGUCCGCCUUACACAGUCACCUCUGGUUUCAACCUCAUUAACGGUGGUUUGAGCCUCAUGGAGAAUUUGGAAGCUGUCAGCCCGCCUGCUUAUCCAAGCCCGAGCACAAGUAAUUUAGCAGGUAGUUCCACAGCGAGCUCCUCUACGUCUCCUCAUCCAGUAGUUCGUCAAGGUGGUCAAUCAACCCUUCACGAGCUUCUGAUGAAAAAAGGUGAAAAUCCACCCACGAGUCCAGUUUACCAUCCAAUGGACGUAACAGCAAUGGAAACAUCACGCGGGAAACUAAAAAUUUCUAGACUGUCCAUGUCAGCGCCUACUCAAUCAAUAGGAGCUGAAUUAUUAUGGACACAUAGAGAACCACGAAAACAUUUGACAAGCACUGGAAGUCUCGGCCCCGUCGAAGCCGGAUCGACGAGUAGUCUGAGCACGGGCGGUGCGCUCAGUCCCGAUCCUUUGGGCCAUCUCGAUCCUCUUAGUCACGACGAAGGCUAUGAGGACAGCGACGAUGACAGUGAUCACUACGACGAUUUCAGUAGUGAUAAUGAUAGCGGAGGAAGCGACGGUGAGGAUCGCGAAGGCAGUAUUAGAGUUAGUGGCGAUUCGGCACGUGAGAGACACAGUAAAAAAGAAAAGUAUUUCUGGCAGUACAACGUUCAAGCAAAGGGACCAAAGGGUCAGAGAUUAGUGGCACGAGCACGUUUGGAAGAUCCUCAUGUAUUGAACGAGGCGACUGACCCUGUAUUCAGUCCACAUUGCGCUCUCCGAGGUAUAAAGCAUAGUGGCAAAGCACGCAAAGGUGACGGGAAUGACCUGACGCCGAAUCCUCGGAAGCUUUUCAGCAUAGGCCGGGAGCUUGACAAAUUGUCGAGCGUCAUAAACGACAUGACACCAGUUUCAGAAUUACCUUUUCCCGCGAGACCGAAAACACGCAAGGAGAAAAAUAAAUUAGCGUCACGAGCCUGUAGGCUCAAGAAAAAGGCACAGCACGAAGCGAAUAAAAUAAAACUUCAUGGCCUCGAACAAGAGCACAGACGACUUAUUCACGGUAUUGCACAGAUCAAACAGACUCUGGCAAUUAAAUUGACUGAGGGAAAUCCGGAAACCCAAGAAGAAUUGACUCGUCAAUUGGACAAAUUGUGCAAAUCAGCUACAAAGGUGCGAAUAGCGAACCACUCUACAGAUUUCGUGAACAAAGUCUUGGACAAAAUAAGGGCUGGUAUAUCUGACGGUGGGAUCGAUGACUUUUAGUACAAAGCUAAAGUCGUUUACAAAAUUUAUUUUAAUAAGUGUACAGAGAGUGAAAGACGACGAAUCCGUGCGUUCGUACCGCUGUAUUUUUAUGAUUACGAAAACAGAAACAGAAGGUUACUGAUAAUUUAUUAAUUAAUAUUAAUCAUGAGUAGUGUAUAGUGUGCUCGCUGCGAACGGAUCUAUACUUGAGAGACCCCCAAACCGUCGAUAUUUCGUAUUAUACGUUUUAAAAUUCGUAAGCAUGUAAAAGAUUCAACGGAUCAUCUGCUUCGAAGAAUUCUCAAGUCUCAAGUCUUUCCAGUAACGAACGGUCUAAUAAACGUGUGAUAUUGGGUCGGUAAAACAUACGCUUUUUCUUUUCUAUCGAUGAACGAUCAAGUGAACGAAGUACCAUCAAAUAAAUUCCAAUUAGAUCUUUGAGCUUUGCCACAUAGGAAAAUGGUGACAAAACUCAUGGAGUGACCUGAAAAUUAUCACGAUAUAUCUUUCUCUCUCUCUCUCGAGUAUAGAGUAGUUGGGUGAUUUGGUCUACCUCAGAAUGAAACGCUAUACCUGCAUACAAAGUUUGAACGAAAAACUUUAUUAUCGAUUUAUAUAAGAUAUCUAUACAUAGUUAAAAACUAAUGUAACAUACUUAAGGAAAGAAAAAACUACAUAUUUUAUCGUAGAAUAUGCUAGCGUUGCUCUGGUAGCUGCGUCUAAAUUUAAAUAAUACACAUAUAUACACGUUUGAUUUUAAAAUAUAUUUUAUCAAUAUAUUACAUGCAUAAAUAUAUAUAGAUUCAAAAAUCUAUAUAUGCAAUUGUAUGUAUAAUAUUUGUAGUGGAACUCAAAAUAUUAUAUCGAUAUAAUUUUCAUAACGAGAUCGUUAAGGUUCGUGUCAAUUGGAAUUGCACAUAUAAUCAUUUAUUUUCGUUAUAUUGAUUUAUUGGAGAACCGCACUGUGACGUUUUUAGAAGUGUGACAGUGGUAAAGGCGUCGGCUUAAUAGCGUUGAUAAUUGAGUGAUAUUUUUUUAAUGCCAACCGGCUAAUGAUUUCCAAAUAUGAUCUAUCGAUGUGCCAGAUGAAUUUUUAUACGUUGGUAAUAAGGUUUUCAUACAUGUAACUAAGCUAUUCCAAGAUUUCGUGCGUUCGACGUUCAUCGUAGAAACUUUAUAUCCUCGUUCAAGGAAAUUUGAACGAAGAGCAGAGAAAAAAAAGCAGUGUCUCGAGGCAAUGUAUGAACGGUGAGAAUUUUUGGAAGAAAACCGAAUUUUCAAGAACCUUUAUUUUUAUUGUCUAUGGGGGAAAAGAAACCGUUACUUUAAACACAUACCGGGAAAUCGUGCCGUCCUCAAUCAGACAAAUGUACAGUAAUCAUGCGUAAUUCAUUUCAUCAAUUGCCUUCUCGAUUCCACACGUGUUUGAUUUGUUUUUCCUUUGAGCUUUCACGAGUCUACGUUAAGCGACGAAUUUUAUGUGCUACUCACCUCCGUUUACGUACAUAACGUAGUAUAUUUUUAUUUAAAUGAAUAGAGGAAAAAACAAUGCAGGUACAAAGGUUUUAGAUAUUUUUUUAUCACUUGAAUAUAUAAUGUAAAUAGAAGUUCUUUAAGUUUUGCCCGAAAAGUUUUGUUGGGUCUCGUUUCAGCCAAUUGAAUAUGUUAAGUUUUUUUUUGUUUCUUACAGUUAAUAUUAACUGUAAUAAUAUUAUUCAACAAUUUGAAAUUGUUCGAAUGGGAUGCAUCAACAAUGAUAAAUCGUUACGGAUUAGAGCCGAAGCCUUUGUCACGGAUGGACUAAAAAAAAGUAUUGGAAAAAUUAUGAAAAAAAAAAGUACACCUUGUUAGAGGUAUUAUUGUAUUUUAUUAACAUUAUAUUCAUAUUAAAUGUUCUAUCACUUAUACGCGUAUAAACGAAUUAUUAUUCAUCGUCUGUACAAGGUUACUAUGUAUAAUAAAGUCGUGACAAAUUUGAAUGUUCAAAUAUGCAGGGCGAGAAAAUCAUCGUGUCGAAUGUAAGCGAUUCCUUGUUAUCAACGAAACGUCGUGUAGUUUGAUAUUCAAUUUUCAUUGAGUGCACCGCUUUUUCCGGCUUUGUGCUUUUUUUUCACUUUUUUAAUUUUAUCUUUGUCUUUUUUCGUGAGAUUAUUCUUUCUAUACGAAUUUCAGGCGAUUCAUAACUUUGCGUCACGUGGCUCUAUCACAUUGUCUCUCACACUCUCAUUCGUCUACAUUCAAUUCGAGAUUAAACGUUCUACGUCCAACCGUUCGAGGGUACGAAAAUGAAAAUCAAUUGCAAUGUACUUUAUUGCCUAAAUAAAUAAACAUUUAAAAAUGCA